CAAGUUGAGAAGCAUUGUCCGAAUCAUAGUGAAUCACGAUUCCUAUUGUCGUGAAAGUUGAAACGAACUCCUUCCUCUUAUCAUCUACCAGUUGCAUACGGGCAAACUCCUAACAGGUCUUCCAUUCUGCAAUCCAACUGCCUUUCAACAAAGACGACUCCCGCAUUCAAUCUUCUCCUCUUCGUUUGAUGUUAACGAUUCGACCAUGAACAGCCUGGAAUUAAUCCUCUCUUGAGCAGAAACCAUAUCCUUCUGAGAAAACAAAUAGACCGGAAACAAUGUCAUGAACCAAAUUGUCUCUCUCUUGGCUUCGGAAAAAAAAAUGUCUCCCUCUCUCUCUAAAUCUCCCUCUUAUCGUCGUUACGUGACGCUGAUAUUGGCAUGUGGAUCCGAUCCUGUUGUUUUUUGUUCAUAAUUGCAUUUCGCAGAUCAGCGCGUAGGCUCACUGGCGAUUUCGACGUUUGAAGCUUGGGUUUUUGGUUAAAUGCUUAAAAGGAAAAAGACAUUUGAUUUGAAUUAAAAAAGAGUAUAGGAGGAAGAGAUGGCGGUGAAAAUGGGAUCAUUCAAGAGUGUUUUUGCAGAAAAAAGCAGGGAGAGGCUACUUUCCAAUAAGGGGGGAUAUUCAGAACUUGGGUUCUGCAUCAAUGAUGGAGUUGAUGAAACAAAGGGAUGGCGGUGGUGUUGUUCUCCGAUAGAAGUAAUCGUUAACUCAUGGACAACAUUGUCACAGUCUGCUAUUAAGUUAUGGGAGUUUGGUCGUUCCGACCCGAGGAAAGCUAUAUUCGCGGCCAAAGGGGGAUUGGCACUGGUACUUAUUACACUGCUUAUAUUCUACAGAGAACCAUUCAAGGAUCUCGGUACUUACUCUGUUUGGGCCAUUAUGACUGUGGUUGUCGUCUUCGAGUUCAGCGUAGGAUCGACCCUUAGCAAAGGGUUUAAUCGUGGUUUGGGGACAUUAUCUGCUGGAGGUCUUGCUAUAGGAAUGGCAGAGCUAUCUAUUUUAUUUGGGAAGGGGGAAGCAUCCUUCAUUGUUUUCAGCAUCUUCAUUAUAGGAUUUUGUGCCAACUUCAUCAAAAUGCACCCAACGAUGAAACCAUAUGAAUAUGGGUUUCGUGUGUUUCUCUUGACUUACUGUUUUAUAAUGGUAUCUGGGUAUAAAACAAGGGAGUUUGUCACCACAGUAGUGAACCGCUUCAUGCUCAUUGUCCUUGGUGCCGGUAUUUGUUUGGUUGUUACUAUAUUCAUUUACCCUCUUUGGGCGGGUGAGGACUUGCACAACUUGGUUGUCAAAAACUUCAUGAAUGUUGCUGCUUCUUUGGAAGGAUGUGUUAAUGGAUACUUGCAGUGUAUUGAAUAUGAGAGGAUCCCUUCAAAAAUUCUUACUUUCCAAGCUUUUGAUGACGAAGUAUACAAGGGCUACAGAUCAGCUCUAGGAUCUACUUUCCAAGAAGAGACCCUGCUAGGUUUUGCUGUCUGGGAACCACCUCAUGGACCUUAUAAAAUGUUCAGUUAUCCUUGGAAGAACUAUGUCAAAGUAAGUGGCGCACUGAGGCAUUGUGCAUUCAUGGUCAUGGCUUUGCAUGGAUGUAUACUUUCUGAAAUACAGGCACCUGCAGAAAGAAGACAGGUCUUCAGCAGUGAGUUGCAGAGGGUAGGUACUGAAGGUGCUAAAGUGUUGCGUGAGCUUGGAAAUAAAGUCAAGAAGAUGGAGAGGUUAAAUCCCGGUGACAUUCUUUCUGAAGUGCAUGACGCAGCUGAAGAGCUGCAGAACAAGAUAGAUCGAAAAUCAUACCUUCUUGUCAACUCUGAGAGCUGGGAGAUUGGAAGACGGCAUAAAGUCCCAGAAGAUUCUGAGGAAAUUGUUGGUAGUCUAGAUGAUGAAAGUAAAUUCUUGUCAAUAAAGUCACUAAGCGAAGCAGUUCUCGACCUUAGAUCAGUGGAGGUGCCAAAAGGCUGGGAUGUUCACAAUACUAACAUGGGUAUCAACACCCCUCUGCUAGAAGAUGAUACAUCUGAAAAUACCAAGAUACAGUUAUCAUGGCCGUCGCGCUACUCACUCAUUGGUGAUGGGAUGCUUAACAACGAAGAAUCAAGAACAUAUGAAAGUGCAAGUGCCUUGUCUUUGGCUACAUUUGCUUCUCUUCUAAUAGAGUUUGUUGCAAGGCUUCAAAAUCUUGUUGAUUCAUUCCAAGAGCUUAGUGAGAAGGCCAAAUUUAAGGUACCUGUUGACCCACCACCAAAUGAGGUUAUUGGAUUUUGGACCAGAUUUUCUAAAUGCUUCCUGUUCAAGAAUUAAGAUCUAAUUAUCUCUGUAAUCGCUAUUGUAGAUUUUCAUAAUGAAUUGUUUACUGAUUAUGACUGA